AUGUCUGACACAUCUAGACUCUGCACCGUCGAACUUCUCCAGUCUUGGAAAUGCGGGGAAGCCCAACAACAUUGUCCCCUUCGCUGGGCUAUCUACGUCGAAACCAGCCCUGGUAUAGGGAACAUCUAUCAGAUCAUCGGGAACUCCGAUAACUAUGCCAUCGAUGUCGGACGCAACCAGCCUCUCGAAAGGGACUUGUACGAUCGUUUUAGUAUUGGAACAGUCACCUUGGAGGAGCUCGGCGAAAUGGAGGUAAUCCUCGAAACAGUUGGGAUCGUGCGCAAUGUUCCCAGUUGGAACAACAAUGAUUGGAUUAUAUCCGCCCUGGGCACUCUCUCGCAGUCAAAGCUGUCAGGCAUCAUGCCGAAAACUAGAUUGGCUAGGAAUCGAACAUCUGAUGGAAUUUGUGGGUGGCAAUCUUGCAGGUGUAGCGGGCACUCGCGUUAA